UCAGAUGUCUGCCAAGCAAAAGCAAAUGCAGGAUUUUUUGAAUAGAAAACGAAAAAUGGACCUGAACGUCGAGAAGGAGCCCGAGCCGUCGACGUCAUCGGAGCCAAGCAACGCGGAGCCCGUCGAUGUGGAAGAGGCGAAGAAGGAGAAGCAGAAAUACGAAAAAGCGAAAAAGGCGAUUCUGUUUGAGGCGAAACGCGCAAAGGAGCGAGCCGACGAAAUGGGACCGCAGGGAUAUUUGAAGCCAAAGAGCCUCGGUACCAACAAGGAAUUCCUGCGACGAACCAUCGAAUCGACGAUGCCGCGUCGGGGAAAAGAAGAUUCGAAAUAAACAUUUAUAUUAAACUCUUUAUUUUCCAAUAAAUUUUAAAAAUUGAACCGAAAA